AUGAACGUUCUCAUAACAAAUGUAAUUACUUUAAACAGAAAAAUAAGAAUGACAGAACACAUGACAGAACUAGACGCACAAAAGGUCUUAAAAGCACCACCAACAAUCUAUUACAUUCCUGAGUAUAUUACAAAAGAGGAAGAGGAAUCACUGAUGAAAAAUGUUUAUUCAGCACCAAAACCUAAGUGGACCCAUUUGUCAAACCGACGACUCCAGAACUGGGGUGGAUUACCGCAUCCAAAAGGAAUGGUAGCAGAGGAGAUGCCAUCGUGGCUGAAAAUCUACACAGAGAAGAUAGUAGGUACUGGUGCCAGACUUUUCGGAGAUAAAAGUUUAAAUCAUGUCUUGGUGAAUGAGUAUGAAGCUGGACAAGGCAUAAUGCCCCAUGAGGAUGGCUCAUUGUUCUUUCCGACUGUAUCCACCAUCAGUCUCGGAUCACAUACCCUGCUGGAUUUCUACUAUCACAGAGAACAGGAUGAGGAUUCCACUCAGAGCAACAUUACAUCACAAGAUGAUCGCCAUUUUGUGUCUAUAUUACUUGAGCCCCGGAGCCUUGUGUUUGUAACUGAGGACAUGUACAAGCAACAUCUUCAUGGAAUAGCAGAACGAACCUCUGAUGUGAUCACAGACAAAGUGGCAAACCUUGACAUGUGUAAGUCUGUCAGUGUUGGUGACACACUCACACGGUCAACUCGUGUCUCACUCACCAUCAGACAUGUUCCAAAAACACUGAAAGCCAAACUCUUCUUAGGAAAGAAAAGAUGACAAGAUCUGUCAUAUUAAAGUUAUGUUUUAUUGUUUGAA